CGCGGUCGCCGGCCGGCGAGUGGUCAGACCCGCGCCUGACUAAGCCGCCCGCCCAGGUCUGGGCAGAAUGGCGGCGUCGCGGCCCUGCGCCGACCGCCCCUGCUGCGCCCACCCCAGCGCGGCGCCCGGCGUGCAGCAGACGCUAGACGAGAUGGACUUCGAGAGGGGUAUCUGGUCAGCAGCCCUGAAUGGAGACCUGGGCCAAGUGAAAUAUUUAAUCCAGAGGACAGCAGACCCCAGUCAGCCCGACUCAGCUGGCUAUACUGCUCUGCACUAUGCCAGCCGCAAUGGCCACUACGCCGUAUGCCAGUUCCUGCUGGAAAGUGGGGCCAAGUGUGAUGCCCAAACGCACGGGGGCGCCACUGCCCUGCACCGGGCCAGCUACUGCGGGCACACUGAGAUCGCACAACUUCUGCUUUCUCAUGGGUCCAACCCCAGGUUGGUAGAUGACGAUGGCAUGACCAGUCUACAUAAGGCUGCUGAGAAGGGUCAUGUGGACAUCUGCUCCCUCCUGUUGCAACACUGCCCCGCCCUGAAGGCCAUCAGGGAUCGGAAGGCAAGAUUAGCAUGUGACCUGCUGCCAAGCAACAGUGACCUGCAGGACCUGCUGGCUGGGUGAGCUGCUUGCCUGGCUUUAGUGCAUCUCCACAUCAACAGGUGUUCCUAAGGGGAGGAGAAAUAGUUCAUCUCCAUAUCAGUGGCUAAUUACCUCGGUGACCAGAGAGCUUAUCUGAACCUGAGAGGUUGGAGGGGGGGUUUUGCUUGCUUCUGCCCUAGCAGGAGACAGCCCCCUGGACCACAGUUUGUAAGGAAUAAACGGGUUUUAAA